GUGAGUGGCUGACCGUCUCAGUUUGGCAACAUGGCGACGCACUGGCUCUCUCCAUCACUGAAUAGGCUGCUGUUUUCUGUAAAGUAUGCCUCAUUCCAGUCCAGGUGCUGUGCCGUGCACUGCAGAGCUCAUUACUCCACCACAUACAACUCCAGUGAAAAGACCUUUGAUAAGAUCCUAAUAGCCAACAGAGGAGAGAUUGCUUGCAGGGUGAUGAAGACAUGUCGCAAAAUGGGCAUCAAGACAGUAGCUGUUCACAGUGAUGUCGACGCCAGCGCUGUUCAUGUAAAGAUGGCUGAUGAAGCAGUAUGUGUUGGCCCCGCCCCUACCAGUAAGAGCUACCUGAACAUGGACGCCAUCAUGGAUGCCAUCAGAACCACUGGAGCACAAGCUGUUCAUCCUGGCUACGGGUUUCUCUCUGAAAACAAAGUGUUUGCAAAGCGGCUGGCAGCAGAGGACGUGGCGUUCAUUGGCCCAGACACCCAUGCUAUCCAGGCUAUGGGGGAUAAAAUUGAAAGCAAGCUGAUUGCUAAGGCAGCUAAGGUCAACACUAUCCCAGGAUUUGAUGGAGUCGUCGAGAAUGUUGAGGACGCUGUGAAGAUCGCACAGGAGAUUGGUUACCCAGUGAUGAUCAAAGCAUCAGCAGGAGGAGGAGGGAAAGGGAUGAGGAUUGCUUGGAACGAUGAGGAGACAAGGGAAGGCUUCCGGUUCUCGUCCCAGGAGGCAGCAUCCAGUUUUGGAGACGACAGGCUGCUCAUUGAGAAGUUCAUAGACAACCCCAGACACAUAGAGAUCCAGGUGCUGGCUGAUAAACAUGGUAAUGCUCUGUGGCUGAAUGAGAGGGAGUGCUCCAUCCAGAGGAGGAACCAGAAGGUGGUGGAAGAAGCUCCCAGUACUUUCCUGGACCCGGCGACACGGCGGGCGAUGGGGGAGCAGGCGGUGCAGCUGGCCAAAGCUGUGCAGUACUCUUCUGCUGGCACAGUGGAGUUCCUGGUGGACUCUAAAAAGAACUUCUACUUCCUGGAGAUGAACACACGACUACAGGUCGAGCAUCCAAUCACAGAGUGCAUUACUGGCCUGGACCUGGUGGAGCAGAUGAUCAGGGUUGCCAAGGGUUACAAGCUGCAGCACAAUCAGGAAGAUAUCCCAAUAAACGGCUGGGCCAUUGAAAGCCGUGUCUACGCUGAGGACCCUUACAAGUCUUUUGGUCUUCCUUCCAUCGGACGGCUAUCUCAAUACCAAGAGCCACUCAACCUCAGCAAUGUCCGUGUGGACAGCGGCAUCCAGGAAGGGAGUGACAUCAGCAUCUACUAUGAUCCCAUGAUCUCUAAGUUGGUGACCUAUGGAGCUACACGAGCUGAAGCCCUCGCCAGGAUGGAGGACGCUCUGGAUAACUAUGUCAUCAGAGGUGUGACACACAACAUCCCCCUCCUGCGGGAAAUCAUCACACAUCCCCGCUUUAUCUCUGGUGACAUCAGCACCAACUUCCUGCCAGAGGUUUACCCUGAUGGCUUUAAGGGCCACCAGCUGGAGGCAGACGCUCGCAGGGAGCUGCUGGCCUCGGCUGCAGCGCUCUACAUCACCGCUCAGCUCCGCUCACAGAAGGUCCUCGGGAACCUGAGGGUGCCUUCCACUCCUAUAGAAAGUAGCCACUGGGAGCUGCAUGUGGAGCUGGAGGAUGGAAGCCAUAAUGUGGAGGUCACCAAAUCAGGAAAUGUUUAUAUUGUGGAGGUGGAUGGAGGGAAGGUUGAAGUCAGUGGACAGUGGAACCUAGCCUCCCCUCUGCUACCACUCACCAUUAAUGGCACAAACAGGAUGCUACAGUGUCUGUCCAAAGAUGCUUCAGGAAGGAUCAUCCUGCAGUUCCUCGGCACAUCGUUUAAGGUCCGCGUUCUGUCAAAGUUGGCUGCAGAACUUAAUGCCUACAUGCCAGAGAAAGUUCCAGAGGACACCAGCAGUAUCCUGCGCUCACCCAUGCCUGGCACAGUGGUGGCUGUGUCCGUCAAGCCUGGAGAUACGGUUGCAGAGGGUCAAGAGAUCUGUGUGAUUGAAGCCAUGAAGAUGCAAAACAGUUUGACCGCCGUCAAGCAAGCAAAGGUGAAGAGUGUCCACUGUAAGCCCGGGGAGACGGUGGGAGAGGGAGACUUGUUGGUAGAGCUCGAAUAAAACACAACCCAUGACGUGUGACACCGUCAGCACGUGGAUGAGCUGUGCACAGAGGAAGACUGCACUGGCAAACAGACUGGACAGUAACUGAUUGAUUUAUUUGCCAGUGGUCAGUCCUCAGCAGAGUGUAGCUCCCCUGAUGGUGACUGUGCUGAGCUGGGAGCUCAGCAGUGUCACAGCGUCUCCACACGUCACACUCAUCCACGUAGCUCGAUUAGAUGCGGCUAACCUGAAGAACGCCACUUGUGAAUCUUUCCGUUCUGCCUCUGUUUUGUGUGUUUUUCUAGAGCUGAUUGUUAGUUUUUGUGAAAAGGUCAGUUCACCCACAUUACAAAAAAAACUUUUCUCGUUUUGCCCCAAUGCUGCCUUUCGGAUAGUUUUGGUUUUAUGUGCCAAGGUUUUGAGAUAUCCACAUACUAAUGUCUACAAUGCCUGCUGCCAGUACAACACAGUGGAUCUUUGGUUUAGAGGCUGCUAAUGAGUUUUUAAAAUGUCAUUCUGUGAAUGUCCAUUCACCUUAAUUGUAUUGGAGGAGGAGGCAGAAAUCUCAGACAAAUAUCCUAAAACCUCAUCAGAGAAAACCAUGACUACAUAGCUCGAUACCACUCUAGGAAAAUAGGAAAAUGUUCAAAAAAUUCACAGAAGCACGCACAUUCAGAUGACAAAAAGGCAAAGUGCUGGACAAGAUGUAAUACAAGAGAAGAGUAAACAAAGUCCACACACUAGAUUAUGCUCCCACGAAUAUUCAGUAUAGUUACCACUGAGGCAACAUUUUAAACUAUGUGCGUCUGAUGAAGAGCAUAAAACUCCAAACAUCAUCUCAGUGGUAAUUAUAUGAAAUAUUCAUGACAGUAUAAUCCUGUGUGCAGACUUUCAAGAAGGAAAAUGUAAUUUGGUUGAACUGACAGUUUAAAAGACACUCUACAAACAACCAAUAAAGUGCUCCUUCUUUUCCACA